AUGGCUUCCAAGGCUUUGCCCAGUCACCUCAGAGCUCCCGCGAGCGACUCCGCGAGUGCUGCCUCCUUCGGCAAGCACCACGGAAAGUCCCAGUCUCACAUGGUAAGUUUUGUCGCUGCCUUCGAGAAUGCCUCCACUAGCGUGGCUGCCUCUCAGAUGCGCAAUGCCCUGAACGCCCUCGCCGAGACCGUCCCCGAUGCCGCGGAGCGCAAGCGCUUCGAGGCCGAGAUGGACAACUUCUUCGCCCUCUUCCGCAGAUUCCUCAACGACAAGGCCAAGGGCAACGAGGUCAACUGGGACCGCAUCGCCCCUCCCCAGCCCUCUCAGGUCGUCAACUACAAUGAUCUCGGCAGCGAGGCCUCCGUUGAGUUCCUGAACAAGCUGGCUGUUGUCAAGCUCAACGGUGGUCUGGGUACCUCCAUGGGCUGUGUCGGCCCCAAGUCCGUCAUUGAGGUCCGCGAGGGCAUGUCCUUCUUGGAUCUGUCCGUCCGCCAGAUCGAGCACCUCAACCGCACCUUCAACGUCAAUGUGCCCUUCGUCCUGAUGAACUCCUUCAACACCGACCAGGACACCCAGUCGAUCAUCAAGAAGUACCAGGGCCACAACGUUGACAUCAUCACCUUCAACCAGUCCCGUUACCCCCGUAUCAUCAAGGACUCUCUGCUCCCCGCCCCCAAGUCCUUCGACGCCCCCCUGCAGGACUGGUACCCUCCCGGUCACGGUGACGUUUUCGAGUCCCUGUACAACUCCGGUACCCUGGACAAGCUCCUCGAGCGUGGUGUCGAGUACAUCUUCCUGUCCAACGCCGACAACCUGGGUGCUGUCGUCGAUCUCCGCAUUCUUCAGCACAUGGUUGACACCCAGGCUGAGUACAUCAUGGAGUUGACCGACAAGACCAAGGCUGACGUCAAGGGUGGUACCAUCAUUGACUAUGAGGGCAAGGCUCGUCUGCUCGAAAUUGCUCAGGUCCCCAAGGAGCACGUCAACGAGUUCAAGUCCAUCAAGAAGUUCAAGUACUUCAACACCAACAACAUCUGGAUGAGCCUCCGUGCCAUCAAGCGUGUGGUGGAGGAGAACGAGCUGGAGAUGGAGAUCAUCGCCAACGAGAAGUCCAUCCCUGCUGACAAGAAGGGUGAGGCCGACCAGGCCAUCUACCAGCUGGAGACCGCCGUUGGUGCUGCCAUCCGUCACUUCAAGAAUGGACAUGGUGUCAACGUCCCCCGUCGCCGCUUCCUGCCCGUCAAGACCUGCUCCGACCUGAUGCUGGUCAAGUCUGACCUGUACCGCCUGGAGCACGGUCAGCUUGUCAUGGACCCCAACCGCUUCGGUGGUGUCCCCGUCAUCAAGCUCGGUUCCGACUUCAAGAAGGUCUCUGACUUCCAGAAGCACAUCCCCAGCAUCCCUCGCAUUGUCGAGCUGGACCACCUCACUAUCACCGGUGCCGUCAACCUGGGCCGCAACGUGCAGCUCAAGGGAACUGUCAUCAUUGUGGCCACGGAAGGCAGCACCAUUGACAUCCCUCCGGGUUCCGUGCUUGAGAACUGCGUUGUGCAGGGAUCCCUGCGCAUCCUGGAACACUAGAUUGGUGCAUCCAUGGGCGGCCGCUUAAUUCCUACUUCCGAAAAAGGUCGUCGUUGCCCCUUUGUCUCAUCUGGGAUGAUACCGAGGCACGAAUUGGCUAGGUGGGCUUGAUAGAAUUUCUGUUUGAGCGGAGUCACUUGUCUUCUUCUUCGCCGAGGCCAUUUAUUCUGGUCGUUUAGUGUUCUUUAAUUGGAAGCAUUCUGCGCCCUCUUCUCUCUCCUGGAUGCCGGAAUGCUGGGUCAAAAAGGGUUUCUCAGGAGGAAAAAAGCUGCAGAGUGUGGGGGCCAGCGUUUAGCUAGGAGAUAUCACCGUACGUAAUGUCCAAUUCAUAUUAUUCACCUUUGG